GCCGUAGCUUCUGCGCAUCACACUUCAAGAUCGCAUAUAUCCCACCACACCCUUGACUAUCAGCAUACAUUCACCCUCACCAUGGACGAGACUAUGAGUGACGCUCACGAUUCCCACGAGAUGGACGACCAAGAGCAGUUGGAGCAGAAGCUCAUCAACGAAGAGUACAAGAUAUGGAAGAAGAACAGCGUCUUUUUAUACGAUAUGCUGUACGGCCGCGCGCUCGAGUGGCCUACGCUCACUACACAAUGGCUUCCCGACAAGAAGCCUGUAGAAGGCACCAACAUGAGCCAGCACCGCGUCAUUCUUGGAACCCACACGUCGAACCAAGCCCAAAACUACCUACAAAUCGCCCACUGCGAGAUACCCGACUUCCGGGUUCCAGACUUGUCAGAGCUUAACGAAGAGCGCGGAGAAAUCGGCGGCCACGGCAAUGCGAAGCGACCCUUUGACUUCAAGAUUGUGCAGAAGAUCAACCACCCUGGCGAGGUCAACAAGGCGCGCUACCAGCCUCAGAACCCCGACAUCAUAGCAUCGCUGUGUGUAGACGGCAAGGUGCUCAUCUUCGACCGGACCAAGCACCCGCUGCAACCAAAGGACGAUUCGAUCAAGUUCGAGGCCGAGCUUGUAGGCCAUAGCAAGGAGGGAUUUGGCUUGAGCUGGAGUCCUCUGAAAGAGGGACACUUGGUGACGGGUAACGAGGAUACCACAGUGAAGACUUGGGACAUCAAGAGUGGCUUCUCCAAGAGCAACAAGACCAUCAGUCCAACGGCGACAUACAACGUUCACAGUGCAACCGUCAACGAUGUUCAAUACCACCCGAUCCACAACUUCCUCAUUGGUACCGCGUCCGACGAUCUUACUUGGCAAAUCAUCGAUACUCGUAUGGAAACACACAAGAAGGCACUGUACAGGAAGGAGGCCCACGACGACGCAGUCAACUGCAUCUCGUUCCAUCCCGAGUUUGAAGGGACUUUCGCGACAGGCUCGGCAGACAAAUCAGUCGGAAUCUGGGAUAUGAGGAAUUUUGACAAGAAGCUUCACAGCCUGCAAAAUCACGCCUCAGAUGUCAUUGGUCUGCAAUGGCACCCGCAAGAUGCUGCCAUUCUUGCCAGUUCCAGUUACGAUCGCCGUAUUUGCCUGUGGGAUCUCAGCAAGAUCGGUUCUGAACAGACGGCUGAGGAAGCAGAAGAUGGCCCCCCUGAACUACUGUUCAUGCACGGUGGCUUCACGAACCGAAUCUGCGACUUUGACUGGAACAAGAACGAUCCAUGGCUCAUGAUGGGCGCUGCAGAGGACAACCAGCUGCAAAUCUUCCGUCCCGCGCGCAAACUCGUUGAGCCAAUCAAGAAGACUGUAAACCACGGAGAUGUCUCAGACUGAGCUCCAUCCAUCGUGUGUCUUCCUUUUGAGAUGGCUAACAUGAGGGCACUUGUAGGGUAAGGUAGCGGUUCCCGUACCGAUUGUACCGGUUUUCGAUGCUUGGGAGCCAUCUUCGUCGCCUCUGAGUUCUGUACCUGAAAGUUCUAUACCCGAAGAGGAGGAAGCAAAGCCAGAGCAAGAGAUCGCUGCUAAUUCUGAUGAGAGUGAGAGGACUUUGUAUUUGCCCGCUACUCCGCCUUCUUCUCCAUAGUAAGGAAGAAAACAAGAAUGGUGUUGGGCGCAACGGCUUGGUGAUAUCCUUUGUCGGUUUUUUGCGAUUCUAGUCGCGUAAACACAUGAAUCAAAACAUAUCUACC